AUGGAGGAAUCUUUCGACAGGAUUCAAGCUGAAAUCGAAGAAGCAGUCCCGAACGUAGAACUUUCUUUGGAGCUCAGACUGAUUACAAAGCUGCUGCAAGUGAAGGAAGGUCCAUCAAGUGCUGGCAGUGACUCUACAGGGGUAGAUCCUAAUAACGAGCUGAAGGAGGCAGUCCGUGUACUGCUCGAAACGCAACGAACCCUCCUUUCCAGCCAAGCGACAAGUACAACGAAUAUGGAAGGGUUGGCUGUGCAGCUUCGUCAGCAGCAUUUGGAGCCAAUCGACACGCAGUUGCCAUCGUACAAUUUGCCCGUGUUCAGAGGCGACAGGAAGCAGUGGGCUUCUUUUAAAGAUCUUUUCGUCAGCGGCGUCGACAAUAAAAACCUAACUAGUGCUCUAAAGCUACAAUUACUGAUGUACCAUCUGGAAGGAGUUCUGCGACCAACCGGCAAUAAGGCCUUUGAAUCUUGCAAGCUUACGAAAGUUCGUCAACUCUGUGCCCUGGGGCCAACUUGCGAAACGAGAGAUCCUUGGUUGAAUCACAUCGUACUGAAGAAGCUUGAUGAUGGUCUUCGGUCUCAGUGGGCACAGCAUAUUGUGGAUAAUGACGACUCAACGUUCGUCGAUCUUCUCAAGUUUCUUAAAAGGAAGUGUGAAGCGUUGGAGACCUGUGCAGCAUUCGGUGGAAAACCCUCGGAGUACGGCAGAAAGGAACCUCAUAGAGAUGACCGCAAGCAACUCACCGCAAAAAAGGAAAUCAAGGCAUUCAAUGCAGUUCAACAGCAGUCUUGUCCGGUUUGCGCGGAAAGCCACAGGAUUUAUGAGUGCACCGUCUUCAAGGAAUCUCCUGUCAACGAAAUGCGCGAACGAGUGCAGCAAGCGAAACUAUGUUUCAAUUGUCUGAGACCAAACCAUUGCGCCAAAUCCUGUCCGUCGAAGUCGGUAUGCCGCACACCACACUGUCAACAACGUCAUCAUACGAUGCUCUGCAAGGCAGACAAAAAUGAGCUAACAUCGACCCCGCCGUCAGAAAAGCAAGUUUCGUCUUCGCCUUCACCACAGCAGCCGCAAAGUUCUGCAGCAGCGGUGUCCUGCACGACUAACGUCAAAAACAGCUGUUCUUCGGUUGUCAUCGGCCUACUACUAACGGCAUUAGUACGAGUGAAGCGAAUUAAUGGUCAGUGCCAGGAAGUACGAGUGAUGAUUGAUAGCGGUUCACAAGCAUCACUUAUCACGGAGAAUUGCGUGACCAAUCUCGGAUUGCAGCGAAGCAACGCUAAUCUGAUUGUCACCGGAAUCGCAAGCUGCUCAUCGGAAACCACCAGAGGAGUUGUCGACCUGGAAAUUUCUUCUCGCUUUUGCUACAAUUCGGUGGUCAACGUCAAGGCAUAUGUGCUGUCCAAGUUCCCGCGGAUCGUACCAAACCAGCGAUUGGAUCCUGAACGGCUAAAAUGUUUGGAAACAUUGCAGCUAGCGGACCCACAUUUUGACAAGCCCGGCAGUAUCGAUAUUAUUCUUGGAGCUGAUGUUUUCUUGGCUAUUUUGGAAGAUGGCAAGGUAAAAGAUGGAUCGGGACUUCCAGUGGCGAUCAACUCAACUUUUGGAUGGAUUGUUGCCGGUCAAGUUUUCGACGCAGCGGCGCCGGUGGUGUAG